AUGUUUCGGCGCUAUCUUGCAGCAGCUAUUGACACCCUUCCUUCAGAGAUCAAAACGGCCGUCUUGUAUGUUAUCCCAGAUCUUGCUUCUCUAAAGGCUCUAGUUCACGCCACUCCCUCCUUCCACGCAGUGCAUUUGUCACAGCGAAAACAACUCCUGUCAACGGCCCUGGAAAGAUGUCUCCAGCUACCUGUCAUGGUCGACGCAGUCGCUGCAUUGAUUGCCUCAGGUGGGCGCGAGAAAAGAUCCAGAGCCCCAAAGCGUAGUCAGGAAGCUUUGACGGAAGACGAUCUAUUGGAAACAGCUCGACUUCACAAGAUUGUGGGAUCUAUCCUGAAAGAUAUGGUCCUCUCUUUUCUCAAGUUUAGGCCGGGUACAAGGCAGCUAAAGGAAGAGCAUGACUUCUUAUCACCGCUGGAAUCUUUUAGGUUGCGGCGCGCCCUGUACCGACUAGAAAUUUAUCGGCUUCUAUUCAACAAUUACAAAUUGCCACAUUUGGUAGAGGUGGAUUUCUCACAGAAUCACCUUGACUCUGAUGACCAAUGGGAGCUCUUCCUCAGCAUAUUUAGUCCAUGGGAGAUGGAAGAGAGCAGAUGUGUCCAAAUGUAUAUCUUUCGAGUGUAUGAGGAGCUACCAGGAGCAACCGCACUUGAUGAUAGGAGUGAGCUCUUUCCCGAGGAGAAUAAAGACCCAUUAACCCCAUCACCAGAGCUAUAA